CUAGCGUCAGUUGGUGUUUGGAGCGCGGUGAAGGAUGGCUCAGUUUUAACCAUGUGGCCUAGUCAGUCGGUGUUCAACGUGCCGGGCUUCAGCCCAGUGUUAGCGGCUCAGCAGGCACAGUGGUGGUAUCAGCAGGCUCAGGUGCUUCAGCAACAGCAGGCCGCUGCGUCGUCGCUGCCGCUCGCGUUGACAAAGAAAAUGCCACGUGUAGCAAAAGGAGAUGCUAAGCCCAGAGGGCGUAUGACCGCUUACGCUUACUUCGUGCAAAUCUGCAGAGAGGAGCAUAAGAAAAAACACCCGGAGGAGAAUGUCGUGUUUGCGGAAUUCUCCAAGAAGUGCGCCGAAAGGUGGAAGACAAUGUCUGACAAGGAGAAGAGCCGAUUCCAUGAGAUGGCUGAUAAGGACAAGAAGCGCUACGACACAGAGAUGCUCACCUACACACCCAGCAAGGGCGAGAAGGUGCGCGGCAAGAAGCGCAAGCACAUGAAGGACCCCAACGCACCCAAGCGAUCACUGUCUGCGUUUUUCAUGUUCUGCAAGGACGAGAGGCCGAAGGUGAAGGCCGCCCACCCCGAGUACACUGUUGGCGACAUCGCCAAGGAGCUGGGCAAGCGAUGGGCCGAAGUCGAGGGACCCGACAAGGCCAAGUUCGAGGCUCAGGCUGAGAAAGACAAGGCCAGAUACGACAGGGAAAUGACAGAGUACAAAAAGAAGCCCAAGGGUGUGCCAGCCCCAGUCAAGGGUGAGAGUGAAGAGGACGAGGAAGAUGAGGAGGAUGAGGAAGACGAGUGAAGUGUCCUGUGUGAGACUGAGAUCGGGGGACUCGGUGUUUUGUUGACUCAAUAGUGUGGACACCGAUUUUGCCUUAACGAUUUAUUUUCUGCCCCCGGUCCUCGAGGCCUAACGUGUAUCUAGAAGUGAUUGUACAGUUGAAGCUUUUCGUUUGCGAUUACCUUUAAUUAGAUUGUAAGUUUCAUAUUCAUUUAAUUUAAACAGAGUUGUUUCCGCCACGCGGUAUCGAGGAAUCGAUAUCCAUUUCACAUACUUAAGUUUUCUUUUAUUCUUCGACAAUACAGUCCAUCGGUUCCUCGAUACGGCAAAAUCUAUUUAUAUAAGUGGUCAGUGUUUGCACAAUACAAAUAGAUUCGAGAUUGUAAAAUAACUAUUUUUAUUAUUUAAGAGUCGGUAGGAGUGUUUAUAAGUACAAUAAUUACAAUAGCUACAAUAGUACCCGGAUCUAUAAGACUGCCUCAUUGUUCGUUUUACAUUCCUCCACCAAGAGUGUAAUGGUUGCAAUAAUUUUAUCUUGUUAGUUUACCGUUUCAUCACCCAUCAUGACAAAGUAGAGUAAAAAUUUAAAGGAUACAUUGUUCGUUUUGUAUAAGAAAAUAAAUAAAUUUAAAAAUUUGUGGUUUUUAA